AUGCGAAUAAUAAAAUGGGAUAUAAUUGCAUGUGCAGUGGUCACACUUUUCGAUAUGACGAGAUGCAUGCACUUUAGGGAAAAAAUAAGAGACGUUGUGUUGUUAAAAGAUAAAAAACUUGAUAACUACAUUUUACAGAGUAAAUACAAGAAUGGUAAUCCAAUUAAACUACAUUUUUUAUUAAAUAAAAUAAAAAAUAAAAAAUUUAGAAAAAGAAUUAAUGUGGUACUACAUAUGGAGAAUUCCAAUGAAGACGCUAGUAGGUUGUCCUUAUUACAAAAUUUAGAUGAUGAAUCAAAAGUUCUUACACAAUCCCCUGAAUGGAAUGAAAAAAUGCCACUAAUAGAAAUAAAGAAUUUGCAUGCAAUAGAGGUAGAAGGAGGAAAAGAAAUAUUGAAAGGAAUAAAUCUAACAAUUUAUUUAGGUGAAAAGCACACAAUCAUGGGAAGAAAUGGUUCCGGAAAAUCAACACUUGCGAAAGUUAUAGCCGGCCAUCCACAUUAUAAAGUUACUCAUGGCACUAUGAAAUUUAAAGGAUUAGAUUUAAACGAAUUAGCUGUUAAUGUGAGAUCACUCUGUGGUAUAUUUUUAGCUUUUCAAUACCCUGUGGAAUUACCAAUGGUAAAAAAUAAUGAAUUUUUACGAGCCGCAUUAAAUAGCCAUAGGAGACAAAGAAAUGAGCCAGAGAUAAGUGCCACAGAAUUUGAUCUUUUAAUGAUUAAUGAAAUAAAAAAAGUUGGACUGAGUUCAGAAUUUUUAGAUAGACCUGUUAAUUAUGGUUUCAGUGGAGGCGAAAAAAAAAGAAAUGAAAUUUUGCAAAUGCUAAUAUUAAAGCCUGCUUUUUGUAUUUUAGAUGAAACUGAUUCUGGUUUGGAUGUAGACUCUUUUAAAUUAACUUCAAACGUUAUUACUAGUUUUUCUAAAGUAAAUAAUUCAUUUUUAAUAGUUACUCAUUAUAAGAAACUGUUGGAAUUGCUUCAACCAAAUUUUAUUCAUAUCAUGCAUCAAGGAAAAAUCAUAGAAAGUGGAGACUAUUCCCUAGUAGAUAAAAUAGAAACUAAGGGUUAUGCACAAUUUGUCAAAAAUUCGGAUGAAAUUUGA